AUUCCUGAAUUAGAGUGAGAGAGGGGGAGAAAAUGGAUAGAGUGUCAUCAUCUGAAGAGCCCACAGCGAAAAUCUCUUCAAUCUUCAUCUACCCCAUCAAAUCAUGUCGUGGGAUUUCUGUUUCUCAAGCACCCAUCUCUCCUACUGGAUUUCAGUGGGACAGACAAUGGUUAGUAGUGAAUUCCAAGGGAAGGGCAUAUACCCAGAGAGUGGAACCAAAACUUGCUCUAGUUGAGGUGGAGCUGCAAAAGGAGGCAUUUACUGAGGGUUGGGAACCUACAAAGAGCUCAUAUUUAGUGGUGAGAGCCCCUGGAAUGGAUGCUUUAAAGGUUUGUUUGGGUAAACAAUGUGCAAAGGCAGAUGGGGUCUCUGUAUGGGAGUGGUCUGGCUCUGCACUGGAUGAAGGAGACGAAGCAGCGCAAUGGUUCUCAACUUAUCUAGGGAAACCCAGUCGACUGGUGCGCUUUAAUGCAGCAUCAGAAACUAGGGCUGUGGAUCCCAAAUUUGCUCCUGGAUUCAAAAUCAUGUUUUCUGAUGAGUAUCCAUUCCUGCUGAUAUCUCAGGGAUCAUUGGAUGCAUUAAACGAGCUUCUCAAGGAAUCUGUACCAAUCAACCGUUUUAGACCCAACAUUCUUGUCGAUGGUUGUGAACCAUUUUCUGAAGACUUAUGGAAGGAUCUCAGGAUAAACGGGUUCAAAUUCCAGGGUGUCAAGCUAUGCUCCCGGUGUAAGGUACCCACAAUCAAUCAGGAAAAUGGGAUUGCAGGCUCUGAGCCAAGUGAAACCCUAAAGGAAUUCCGGUCAGAUAAAGUUCUGCGCCCUAAUAAAAAACAGCAGGGAAAGGUCUACUUUGGACAGAAUUUAGUAUGUAAAGAUUCUCUUACUCAAGGGAAGGGCAAGGCAAUUAGCGUGGGAGAUUGUGUGUAUGUCCUGAGCAAGGCCUCUUCUCCAGCAGAGGCGGCAGCUUAAACUUUCAACAAUAUCUUCUUGUGUCUGGUAGUGCCUCAUGGACCAGACAAUCUAUUGUCAUUCUAGUAUGAUGAAAACUUGCUUUGAACAUGAUCUACUUGUGUUUAAACUAUGUUAUGGACCGCAUAAUCUCGUGUCCACCACUUCUUUAAUAGAAUAAAUAGUGGUUUUCUGGCUAA